CCCUCAGCACCAUCUAAUUUUGUUGGCGAAUCUACUGAUCCAAGUACCAUUCAUCUCCAGUGGAAACCACCAGAUCUUCCGGACGGUCGGGAACUUUUGGGCUACCAGCUUCGCUAUCGCUCAUCAACAAGCGAUAAAUUAUCGAUAGUCAGGCCAACUGACAACCCGACAACUCAAACACUCAGUUUGGGAGCCGAUUUGACCGAGUACUUUCUCAAGGGUCUUGAACCGAGUACCUUGUAUUACAUCAGUUUGGCAGGAAGAAGUGAAAACGGCGUUGGUAUAGGGGCUCAAAUUGAAGUCACGACGAAGGAUUAUCUACCCGAAAUGCCUCAAGGACAGAAAAUUCUGGUCCAAGGUCCAACUGCAGUGCAAGUGACUUGGAAAGGACCCAAGAAGAGGUUAACGGAAGUACGUCAUUAUAAACUGAUGUGGAAUUGCCUGGAUUGUCGAAGUCCAACAGUCCCUAGUCUCGGCCUCCAGCCCGAUUCGGACGCGUAUUAUCAGGAUCCUUCACGCGUUGGUCAGCGCAAAGUCCUCGCCACCUAUGGAUCCAGUCCCGAUUUUGUGUACACAGCUACAAUCGGCGAGCUGAUUCCGAACGCUUCAUAUCAGAUUGCAGUGGCAGCUGCAAACCUCCGCGGAGUUGGCCAGAGCUUUGUCUUCCCAGUAGUUCGAACCAAAAAUCAA